ACCCGGAGGAAAGAAAGAGACCCGGCAUGGCAAGCGAAGCGCGAGGGUGUCAUCCAGAGAGAGAGAGAGAGGAAGAGGAGAGGAGGGAGAAGGGAAGGCAACGGGAAGGGAUAGCGUCGCUGCUGUGCCUGCGCUGUGUCGGGGCGCGCGCGUUGUGGGAUUGACGGCACAGCGGAAGCGAGCAGCGGAGAGAGGGGAGAUGGGAGAAUUACGCGUCGCCCAGCACGAGCACCCCACCCCCACCCGCGCGCUCCUCCCCCUCCUCACCCGCGUCAUCCAUCCCCCGUUCCGUCUUCUCCACCUCGUCAUCCCGCGCGGGCCGGGCCCAAAUACCCUCGCCUUCGCCAUCCCCACCUCCCGCCACAAACCCUAACCCUAGCUCCCAACCGGCUCGCCGCCUCUCCGACAGCGCGCCGUCGGUCCACUCCGAGGUGGCGUGGAUAGCUAGCGCAAAGGUGAUUGCUUCUGGAGAGAAGCGUAUGCUGUAAUGGAGGGGCGUGGGAACCAUCUACUUAAUGCCACCGAGGCAGUAAUGAAGAGGCCAAGGAGUGUUGCGUCAAGGAAGCCAAGGCCCACAGUGCAACUUGCUUCUGAGUACAAUGGCAUCUUGUGUGCACCGUCACGGAGCACGCCCCAGGAUGAUGACACUGACAUGGAAGUCGGUGGGCAUCGGAGGAAGGAGCUAUACCUAAAUAGCUCUGGAAUGAAGGGCUCCACACCUCAUAGGAGUGACUUGUCCAAGAAGGUAAGGAGGGAGGAUAGAGCCAGAGGAGACUAUGAUGGCCACAAUCGGAGCAGCAAGUCGAAGGAUGCUGCUAAGUUUGAUAGUGAGGGUUUUCUCGCACUGGAAUGUACAAGAAACUCAGGAUCCCCUGAUAACCUGCAGUUGGUCCCAAGAGAUGCUAAUGUGCCAGGUGAACAAAAGUUGAGAAAAGUAAAGCUCAAAGUUGGCGGCAUUACUCGAACCAUACAUACGAAAACCGUCCAAGAAGUUGGUGACGGUGGCACUACUGCCACAUCGGAUGAUUCUUUUCACCAGCAUAAACAAAAGGAUUCUGGUGGGCACACAAACAAUGAUAUUUCACCAUCUUCUGACCUUGUUCGCAAGAGCAAAAGGGUUCCUAAGAAGAAAACACUUGAUAGCGAUUCUGAUGAUGACGAUGGCGAAUUACGAUAUCUUGAAAAACUAAGAGGGGCUAAAGUUGCACCAGAGUAUCCUAUAACCACUGGCUAUGUAGCUUAUGAUGAUUCUCUUGACGAUGGUCUCAAGAAAAAGAAGCUGUCUACAUUUUCUAAAAAUAAGAGCACCCCAUAUGAAGUGGAUGAGGACUUUACAGUGUCACGAUCUGGCAGGGAUGGCAGGAGGAAAUUGAAAUUAGGGGAUAGCAAUGAGUUUAUUGAGGAGGAGGAACAUGAGAUGGAUGAAAAUAGUAGGCUCAAGGAAGUUGAUUCACCUUCAGAUGUGAAAAUUGAAACUCCUGGUCUUACAACAAGACAGCGAGCCCUUCAAGGCAGGGGUGGCCAUGGUGAAAUCCUUAUUGAAUUUCCCGAUGGCUUACCACCCGCUUCAUCAAGAAAGCAAAAGGAGAAGCUUUCAGAAGUGGAGAUACAAGCCAAAAAAGCAGAAGCUGCUCAGAGGCGUAAGAUGCAAGUUGAGAAGGCAGAGAAGGAACAACAGGCUGAAGCAAUGAGGAAAAUACUUGGUAUUGAUUCUGAGAAGAAAAAGGAAGAAAAGAAACAGAAAGAACGGGAAGAGAAGGAGAAGCAAGCAAGAUUAGAAGAAUACAGAAAAAACUGCAUCCAAACUGUUAUGGGGCCAGAAGGAACUGUGGUUACAUUCCCUGAGAGUAUGGGACUUCCUAGCAUAUUUAACUCCAAACCUGUCAGCUAUCCACCUCCACGGGAGAAAUGCGCAGGGCCAGGGUGCACAAACCCGUACAAGUACCGUGACUCCAAGACGAAGCUUCCACUCUGCAGCCUGGCUUGCUACAAGGCUGUCCAGGGAAGUGAUGGUGGAAAGCAAGCAUGAUGAAUUUACCUGAUCCAAAGCAACCGCGACCGCCAGUAGGCCGGUGAAGUGUAUGUUGACAUGGCCAGCUAGCUGGUGUGUUGCUUUUGUGAUCCCUUUCUAGUAGUCUAACAAUCAACCUGACAGAAAAUGGGGUGACUGCCGCCGGUUUCCGUCUGCCUUUCGUGAACGAAUUAGGUUUCCUAAUGGUGGAUUUAAGUUAUGGUCGAUGUAUGGGACUAGUCAAGAAAUAAAAGGAAAAAAAAACUUUGUACAGCAAUCUCCUGCCUGCGUCUCUCGUUGUUACCUAUAGCUUUGGUCAUGAGAUCGUGAGCUGCUGCCGUUAUGUAGCCGGACAGCAGCUGGUGUAUGCAUGCUUGUGGUGGGUGUGCUGACCGGGGUGUUUUCAGGUUCAAAUAGGUUGUUAGACCUGUGACGCUGAGUCGCUGACAAAACUUUUUGCGAGGUCAGUGGUGUGUACUUGUGCUCCAGGUCUUCCUGUUUUGCUGGUAACCAACGGGUAUAGUUAUGGAACACCUUUCGAUGGUCA